AUGCAUGUACAUGUUGAAGAGUCCUACUUUGAAGAUAAGUCACUAUUUAAAUAUAAAUUAAAUUUUUCAGAUGUGACAUUGGACGAUUUUGCCAACAGCAAAAUAUCGACGACUAGAGUCAGAAAACCGACCACAAACUUUUUGGCUAGAGAAGUGAAGAAUUUAAAAUCGGUUGAUAAAUUGUGGUACGAAAAGGAUCUGGAAGAAUUUGACGAUGAUUUUGAUGCAAACAAUGAUAAAGUAGAAUCGGUUGAUGUUUCAUGUGAUAAAAAAAAAGGUACAAAGAAGAAAGAUAAUACAACUACAGAUUCUACAGCUGGUGUGGAUUAUCCUUUAGAUCUUUGGUAUCUUUUGGCGGAGUACAUUUUGCCUGAAGACGUUCAGACGUUCGCGUGCAUCUGCAAGAGUUCUUUUUACGUCAUUCAAACGUUCAAAUUUUGGAUUACCAUUUAUAAAAGAUAUUACACACCCAAAUCUGAGCUCCCCGGUCAUCUUCAACCGACGUGCAUCGAACGCCCCUAUCGUUUGAGAGCUUGCGUGAUCUGCGCCCUGUACUACGUGUACUCUCCCUUCGUCAAGCGCCUGUCCCGACCCGGAGACGACACCGACAAAAUAGUGAAGAGCUCGUGCAUCGCCUUCUGGUACCACCAACAGGGAGAGAAGUGGCAGUUCUUUUUCAAGUUUCUUAAAUCGGGACCCAACGAUCUCCACCCAUUCGGACCGGGUAGAAACCUCAGAAAGCACAACCAUUACCGCCACCCUCACUGGUCGCUGCACGAGAGGAACAACAAGUACUACGAUCCGGCGGCCAUCAUGGACGACGUCAACGCCAACCCCGAGGAGGGUUGCUGCGUGUUGCGCAUCACCUGCCCCCAUUACAUCAUCACCUCGUCCACCGUCAUGGGUUGCAAACUAGUGGACGUACGAGUCACCACGUCGCGAGACAUGCACCACCGUCGCGUGCAGCUGAUGUUCACCGCCGCCAACUAUCAAUCCUUCAAUCGCAUCCCCAUGCACAUGUUCGGUUGCAGCCAAUCGGGUGGCAUAGGAGAAAUCGUCGAGUUUGACCCCACGGAGAGUGUACAGAUCUUGGAUUGGUGGCACCCGCAAUAUCCUAGCAACAAAUGACUUCUUUUGUGUCCGUGUUGUACGAAUUCCCUGGAGAAUUUUCCUCUUGAUUUAUGUCGAGAAUAAUCUAAAUUGCGUUUUGUAUACGUAUAGCGAUGUACUGAUGCAUAAGCAGUAAAUGGGUGACGAUAACCCGCUUAUAAAGAUUCGUUCGUGUAUAGAAAAUACGUCGACUGUGUUGCAGUUCAGCAGAUGCCGUCGAUGAUGGAAAUAUGCACACACAAAAUUGCUAUGGUGUAUAAUUCUGUUUUUGUAAUUAUCAUUACGUGGCAUGCGAGAUGCAUUGUACGUGAACAAACUCCACUGUUUUUUGAGAUUUGUAAAAUUUGUAGAAUAAAUAAUGGUAAAAUAA